AUGCCUACACAGGUGACUCAGGACUUGUCUACACAAGUAACUCAUGAGAUGCCUACACAAGCAAGUCAGACUAGCCAGGUCAAUUUGGCACCCAAAAAAAGGGGGAGGCCUAAGGGAUCUACCAAUAAUGGUAUAACUAAGGGUGGAACAAAGAAGACAAAAGUUAAGGAACCAAAGAAAACAAAAGUCACUGAAGCAACUGUCAAGGAGGCAAAAGCCAAAGAAGCAAAUCUCAAAUAUUAA